GUGUCUGGUCGACGGAUUAUCAACGCUGCUCGUGGAAUUUUUCGCACAAAUAACACAAUGUCGUCCGCCGCCGUUCAGCCCCCGCCACCCGUGCCACCCCCACCACCACCAGCCUCGGCAGCAGCUUCCGCAGGAAAAGGAAUUCAUUCCAAGAUAUACAAUGGAAUAAUUGGAGCAGCCGACAAAUUUGUGCCCGCCAAGAUGCGCCCACUCUGGAUGCAUCCAGCUGGACCCAAGACUAUCUUCUUCUGGGCACCCUUCUUCAAAUGGGUAAGUGACCAGACAGACGGGACAGGAAGGGAUUACAUAACUGGGACAUCGCGCGACCUUCGCUGAUUUUCAUUAUCGCACACAUACUCGCGCGCACCAUCAAUCCAAGCAGCAGUAUACAAAUCUGUGCGCAGGUGCCAUUAAACGAAAUUAUUUGAUUAUUUUGAGCAACCUGCGCUUGAUAACUGCCGUGUCCAUGUGAGCGUACAAGUUCCGAGCACUACUGUGACUUUGUUUAUCGAAUUUUAAACAAGCUACGUCGGAAAUAUGUCUCGCAGAAAACCAGUUUUGAAUGCCUCCAAACACUCCAACAACAAACAAAGCAAAAUCUUAAAUAUCUACCUUUUGCAGGGUCUGGUAAUCGCAGGAUUAAGUGACUUGGCCCGUCCAGCUGACUCAAUCUCCGUGUCCGGAUGCGCCGCCUUGGCUGCCACGGGCAUUAUCUGGUCCCGUUAUUCCCUGGUGAUCAUACCCAAAAACUACAGCCUUUUUGCCGUGAAUCUCUUCGUGGGCUGCACCCAGGUGGUGCAGCUGGCACGAGCCUACAACUACAAGAUGGAGCAGGAUAAGCUGCAGAAGGAGGACCCGAAGCCGGCACUGACCCAGUAGAUCCAUAUCGAAUCCAAUACCGGUGCUAUCCCGACCCAUAGAAAAUAAUUUCCCACAAUGGCACAAUGUAAUCGAGUAGUAGGUUUAAAGGAAACUGUGUUUGCAGAUCUGUGAUCUGUGUUUUAAAAUCUGCUAGCCGUUUUUACUAAUGGUUUAUCGCCUUAUCGACGUGAUUCGUAUUACUUAAGUUGGAACUGUGGAGGCUUCACGAAUAGUUUAUAUUAAUACGAGCAUUAUUGGACAUUUUGUGAUUGUCAACAAAUAAACAAGUACAUGUUAAGACUGUAAAUAAUAUCGAA